UAAUUUGAAUCACGUGAUGGCUUAUUCAACUAUACCACGCCUACUUUUAAAAGCCAAGCUACUAAUUUUUUCAUCCAACAUCAUGUAAGAGAAAAUUAUCACUUUGGCAUAAUGAAACAAAUGUAUCUAUCUCAAAUAGGCCCCUGGCUUUGUAGUUUCAGUACUGAUACACAGUCCCACUUCCAUCAGUCAGAAUGAUAACAUUUUAGUCCAUGGUGCAAUCUUACCAAAGAAAUGAAUGGACUCUCAUCAUCACUCAUUUGCUCCAUCUCUGUCUCGUCUUUCUGCUGCAUCCACUUCGAUUCAUCCUCUUUCGUUUAUUCUUGCACUAUCUUCUGAUUUUUGUUCUUGCAUAUACACUGUUUUGUCCUUCUCAUAAAAUGGCAACCAAACCAUCAUCUUCUCCUGGUCUCCUCAAACUGGAGGAACAGCUCACUUGUCCUGUGUGUCUUGAUCACUAUACCAAUCCUAAGGCUUUACCUUGUCUACAUUCAUUCUGUCAGCACUGUCUGGAGGGAUUACCUCUGGAAAAGAAGAAUGAAACCUAUUACCUCUCUUGUCCCACUUGUCGUCAUUGUACAGUGUUACCAGAAGAAGGAGCACGAGCUUUUCCAGUAGCAUUCCUUCUCAACAACCUUGAAGAAAUGUACAUUCUGACAAAAAAAACAGCCGAUGAGGCCUCAUACACUUGUAGCGAUCAUGGAAAACCUUUAGAGCUCUUUUGUGAAACAUGUGAUACAGUUAUCUGUUCCCAUUGCUCAGUUCGUCAUCACAAACAUCAUGAACACAACUUAAUCAUUGACAGCUAUGCUAAACACUGUCAAAGGUUGAGAGAAUGUCUGUCACCAGUCGAGGGAAAGAUGGAAGCACUCAAGAAAGCCCUUUCGGCACUAGCAGUUAGAGAAGGUGAGAUCAGAGAGAGAGGAGAAAGAGUUUUAGGAGAAAUACAUAAUAUGGUAGAAGAAAUAAUUAUUGUUCUUCAUCAGUCAGAAUGGAAACUGACUGAGCAAGCAAAAAGGGUCACCAAUGCUAAACUCACAAGGCUGUCAGAGCAAAUUAAAUCAGCAGAAAUGAGUUUGAGCCUUCUUGAGGAUGUUGAAGACUUUGUGAAACAGAGUCUAAAGACUGACAGUCCUGAACAAGUCCUGAAGUCUAAGAAACAGAUGAUGGAGCGUGUGAGUGAAGUUACUGCUCAGAUCAAUCUAGAGAAGUUGCAUCCAAAAGAAAAAGCUGAUUUUGUACUAAGUAAAGAUAUCUAUGUCAACUCAUUAAAUCACAUUGGAGAUCUUGUGCCACUAAAGCAGUGUAGGGUGAGGAACAUUAAUCAUAUUACACCUUCAAACAAAACAGUUUCAUUUUCAUUAUCAAUUGAAGCACCAGAUUCAACUCUUUUGACUGUUCCCCUGGCUUCUCUCAGAUGUAUUUUAGUUCCAGUUGGUAAAGGUGAUCAAUCCAUUUAUACUACAAUCACUACUACUAGUACUGAUCCUGGAGUGUAUAGCAUACAGUGUAACCCUUCAACCAGUGGCACUCAUACAAUAAAAGUACAAGUAUAUGAUGUACAACUUGAAGAUACCUCAUUAGUCAUCCCUUUCAAUCCUUACCUUGAUAACAUCACUCCAAUAUGUACAAUAACUGAACUUAACCGUCCCUGGGGACUUGCUGUAAAUGAUGAUAAUCAUGUUAUAGUAACUGAGACUAAUGGUAACUGUGUAACAUUGCUUGACAAAAAAGGAAGGAAAGUCAAAUCAUUAGGAGGGAAAGGAGGAAAUGGAACCGUUAAGUUUACUCAUCCUUGUGGUAUAGCCAUUACUCCAGAUAACUUCAUUCUUGUAUCUGAUGAUCACAAAAUCCAAAAGAUAAGCAUGGAUGGAUAUUGUGUAGCAUCAGUUGGUAAGGAGGGCAGCAAACCACUUCAGUUCAAGUUUCCUGGUGGCAUAGCCAUUUCCCAUAUAACAGGACAAGCUUACAUUGCAGAUUAUGGAAAUCAUCGUGUACAAAUCUUGAAUCCUGAUUUAACUUUCUUUCAUUCAUUUGGUUGUAAAGGUGCAGCCAAUGGACAGUUUCAGUCACCACGUGACAUUGCUAUUGACAGUCAAGGAAUAGUCUAUGUUACUGAUUAUGAUAAUCAUCGCAUUCAAAAGUUCUCUCAGAAUGGAAAGUUUGUGGGCCAGUUUUGUACGUAUGGAUCUAAUGCAGGACAGCUUAAUAGUCCAUAUGGUAUAACAAUAGACACUGCAGCUACUGGUCUAGUGUAUGUUAGUGAAUUGGGCAAUCCUUGUAUUGCGGUCUUCACUAGGGAAGGUAUUUCUGUUAGUAGGUUUGGAAUUUUUAGUAGUAGUAUUCAUCAAUUUUUUUGUCCUAUUGGAUUAGCAUUUGAUAAAGAUGGAGUUUUGUAUGUCUGUGAUCGUAUUAAUGACCGACUUGUUGUUUAUUAAAUGUUUAUUCUUAUUGUGUUUCAAAGUUUUCAAGAUACAGGUUUGAAGUUUAA